CUGCUUUCUUCAUCAGCGAUGGAGCUUUGGCUGUGUGCGCGUGUUGCUCGGCUCUCUCCUUCGAAGAGGUCGCUGUAAAGCGAAGCGAGCGAAGGGAGAGGGGGGAGGGAGGGAGGGGAGGGAGCGAAGCGAGUCAGAAGAGAGAGUAAACGAACUGUGCCCGGCUUUGGCUUUGGCUUUGGCUUGGCUUGGCUUGGCCUGUCUGCCUGGUUUGGCUGCCUGCCUGCCUGCCUGCCGAUUGAUUGAUGCAUCGGCCAUUGGCCGAUCUGAGAGCGAUUCGAGCGAUUGAGGUGAGUAGAGGAGGGAGGGAGGGAGGGAGCAACGGGCCGGAUAGACGAGGAGUAGAGUGAGCGAGCGAGCGAGCCAGCCACGCAGAGGAACGGGCGAGAGCUCUUUUCCCCUCGGACUGGAGAGAUUUCUCACUGUCUGCGUCUCUGUCUGUCUGUCCGAGUCUCUUUGUCUGCGUCUGUCUGUCCUUUUGUCUAUCCAUUUAUCUAUCUAUCGCCUUCGUACACCAUAGCGUAGCGUUGAACGGAAGGCAGGCGGAAGAGUGAGUAACAGGAAGGAAGAGGAGAAGAAGAAGACGACGACGACUGACGGGCGACUUACUUUCUCUGCUGCUCUCUGCAGCAGGCUGGAGCCGAGCGGGGAAGCGCGUGUUUGUAUGUUUGUGUGAGGAAGGUUUUGUGAGUGGGAAGCGGGCGGUGUGAUUGUCUCUUCCUCGCGAGCGCGAGUUGGUAGCGGUGCCCUUUAGGCAUUGGGAGACCUCGCUCGCCGUAGGGAGAUAGGGAAGAAAGAGGGAUCAGUGACGAGCCAACCGGGGCGGAAUACCCUGAAUCGCUCCGUUGGCUCGUGACAUCGGGGAGUGCUCGAUUGAAGUGGAGUGUCGGGGACGGGUAGAGAGGUUAUCGAUUGGUUGUUGGCUGGUUUUUUGAUUGAUGGAAGGUGGAGAGAGAACGGGGAUUAGGGGAUACGGAUGAGAGGGAGGAGUGGAGAGGGAGACAGGGGACCAGACCGCGGGGAGGCUGCGGGCUAUCGGGAGUACCGAGGGGAAGGGAAGGGAGCAGGAUGAGGAGCAUAGCAGGAAAUUAUGGACAAGAGAGGAUCGCAGGAAGGUUGACGAUGCCGGAGCAGAUGGGAGGAGAGUCGAGAGUGGUGGCAUUGUAAACAACAGACAGAUACACCAGGUCUCCCGGACACCGACACCAUCGUCGUGUAUCAUCGAACGCGCCCCUACGAGGGUUGAUACAGCCGCAGGAGCGGAGUACAGGUUAUAGAGUACUGUUGAGUAAGUGGUAUGCAACAAUUUGGAGCUUUCAGAGUAAAGGCCAUCGAUGUGCUCCGGCGGUGGGGACAGGAGGACGCACUGAGUGGCGAUGCGAGAGUCGGAUGCCCGCUUAAGCGAAGGAGUUGACAGAGGAGUGGAGUUAUCGUGUCCAUACUUGGAGUAAGUGCAAGCGGUUCGAGCUGAAUCGUUCUGAACCGAGCGCCCAGAGUCGCAGACCGUAGGCGUACCCUAUCUGCAGAAAUGGGCUGUGUGUGUGCUAAGCAGGGGUCAGCUCAGGAGGAUUCCGAUAGCCCUAAAGAAAAGCAGGCCAACCUCCCCGUCACCACGACCAACCCCCGUGUUUCAACGAGACGGCCGAGUGUCAGCGUAAAAGUAGAAACCGAACCUGUUAAUGGCUUCGGCGAGAAACCACCGGAGAAGCCGAAGCCUAGAGCUAAGCCCAAUGGCACAGUGACGACGACUGGGGAUGCCGACGAAGUUGUAGCCAGGAGACGGGAAAGGCUUUUGCAGCAACAGCAGGAGAACCCGCGUUUAAGUAAUCCUCCUAAAAACAUCGAAGGAGAACAAAUCGCAGCUGGUUGGCCUGCUUGGUUAUCGGCAGUCGCGGGAGAGGCCAUUAAGGGCUGGAUUCCUCGCCGUGCUGAUUCUUUUGAGAAGCUCGACAAGAUUGGCCAGGGUACUUAUAGCAAUGUCUACAAGGCCCGUGAUCUCGACACCGGGAAGAUUGUUGCUCUGAAGAAGGUGCGGUUUGAUAAUUUGGAACCGGAAAGUGUGCGGUUCAUGGCCCGUGAAAUACAAGUUUUGCGACGACUUGAUCAUCCCAAUGUCGUGAAACUAGAGGGUCUGGUUACAUCACGCAUGUCUUGCAGUCUUUACCUCGUCUUCGAGUACAUGGAACACGAUUUAGCAGGCUUGGCUGCAUGCCCUGGUAUCAUGUUCACUGAGGCACAGGUGAAAUGUUAUCUGCAACAACUGCUGCGAGGACUUGACCAUUGUCACAGCAGGGGUGUUUUGCAUCGUGAUAUCAAAGGGUCUAACCUUCUACUCGAUAAUGGUGGAAUUCUGAAGAUUGCAGAUUUCGGUCUCGCAACAUUUUAUCAUCCGGAUCAAAAACAGCCCUUGACAAGCAGAGUCGUGACGCUUUGGUAUAGGCCACCAGAGUUGUUGUUGGGUGCCACCGAGUAUGGUGCUGCCGUCGAUCUUUGGAGUACAGGGUGCAUCUUAGCUGAACUACUUGCUGGGAAGCCGAUUAUGCCUGGCCGAACGGAGGUGGAGCAACUUCACAAGAUUUUUAAAUUGUGUGGUUCACCAUCAGAAGAAUACUGGAGGAAGUCAAAGCUCCCUCACGCAACCAUAUUCAAGCCACAACAGCCUUACAAGCGUUGUAUCGCCGACACCUUUAAGGAGUUUCCCAACUCAUCGCUAGCAUUGCUAGAAACUCUCUUGGCUAUUGAACCUGCCGAUCGAGGCAGUGCUGCAGCGGCACUCAAAAGCGAGUUUUUCACAAGCAAGCCGCUUGCAUGCGAUCCUUCAAGCUUGCCGCAGUAUCCACCUAGCAAGGAGUUUGAUGCCAAGAUUCGGGACGAAGAGGCACGAAGACAACGAGCUCAGGGAGGACGAACUCGAGGCUCAGAUGCUGGUCGGAGACCUAGUGGCCGUGAUAGGAUAAGCAAGGCCGUUCCUGCACCUGAUGCCAAUGCGGAACUUCCAAUGUCCAUGCAUAAACGGAGGAUGAACUCUCAAGCGAGUUCCAAGAGUAAGAGUGAGAAAUUUGCUCCUCUUCAUGAAGACUCUGCUGUUGGUUUUCCUAUUGAUCCCCCUAGGCAAGGACAUAUCACCAGUGAAGUACGCGGCACAUCUCCAGUACCUCCUGCACGGCCGUUCGCCGCACCUUCCGUUUCCUCAAGAUCAGGUCCUCAACCUAUGGUGAACCCCAAUUUGCCCGGGGCGUCAUGGGCUAAGAAGCACAAGGAGGAGGACUUACGAAUGGCUCCUCAACGGCCAUUAUCUCGGCCUACUAAGUCAAUGACCGUGUCAGACUUCACUCAACAAGCUGGUUACCAACAAUCUGGGGGUGAUUUAUCGAACUUUUCGAGUUUAGUGGCGGCGAGAAAUGGUGCUCCUGACCACCACAGGGAGAGAGGUUCCUCAAGAAGAGACAGAGAUGGCGCAGACGGAGAGCCCAUCAAGCGUGAGUCGCACAUCAGUAAGCGUGACCCGUCUGAUAAGCAUGAUCGCUCAGACCGCUUAGAGAAACGAGAUCAUCGAACAGAGAUGUCAUCUUUCAAGCGUGAUCAGGGAAGUGAUGGUCCUUAUCAGCGUGAUCAUUCCAAUGCAGACUCACAUAGAAGAGAGGGUCGUAAAACCAAGGAUAUACCCAUGGGAAUUCCACAACAUACUGAAAGGAUAUUCCAUUCAGGGCCACUUCUCCAUCAAGGGUAUACUGCAUCUGUAGAUAUUGAGGAACUUCUAGAAGACCAUGAGCGUCAAGUGAAACAGGCUGCACGACGCGCAGGAGAGGUGCGAAACUCUUCUGGCCAUGGACACAAAGGAGGCUGGAACCAUGUUCGAAGCAAUGGUGCAGCAGCCCAGGAGAAUACUGAUUCAGCCGAAUCUAAUGGUUUGGUGCCGACUAGUGGUCACCAUUUAAUCUCACAUCAAAAAAGGAGCAAGUCACGGAUGAUGGAACAAGGAUUGGAUUCGAGGGAAGCAAGGGAGGUGAGGGAUCUUGAGAAAGAGACUCCGCCCUAUGGAAGUGAGGCCCAUGUUAAGGUGCAAGAAGUGUAGGUUCUUUUAAUUGGAAGAUUUUCGUAACUCUGGUAAUGGGUAUUGUUUUCUGGCUCUCUUUGCAUCCUGGGAUUGCUCCAGCAUGGGGGAUAUUCAUGGGAGGAUUUUGCUGCAUGUGUAGCCUACAUGCUGGCACUCCCAGCAGCCUAGUCCAUGUACCAAAAGUGGAAAGAUGCAAGAGAAUCUAGCAAGCAUGGAACCGUUGCUUACCUAAGGAUGUAUUCUGAGUGCCUACUUGUUCUCACUUACCAUAGAGAAGUAUUUCAUUUAUAACCCCUCUUUGUAAGCCGUAUUGGCUUAUCCAGUGUUCCACAAGGGUGCAUAAGGGGGAUACGAUCCAUCCUCUCUCUAAAAUACCCUUGAAGUCACUGUCACAUACUUCCCACAAGGAAACAUAGAAAUACCACAUGGGCAAGGAAAAGGCCUGGUCCUUGUGGGUGCACUCUGCAGGUUGACGUGGAUUGAUUGUCAGCGUCUUUACAUCAACUGCCGCUGGAUAUAGCUUUUGUGUACAAGAUGUUAGAUGGAUUGGUGUAUCUAAGAACGGUUUUGGCCAAUGAAACUUGCAUAAUAUUUGCUUCACAUGCCAGUUUAGGUGGCAAGUAGUGUCCAUCAUCUUGUCUUACUGACAUAGAAGGACAGUACUGGUAGUAUAAGAAGGCUCUGCUAACUUGUUGAAGCUAAUUGGGUAGUUGAAGGGACUUAGUGGGAUGUCUCUAAUUUGUUUGUACUUUUAGGCUAAUUUAUAUUUGUGCAACACAAGUGAAUGAAUUGUGUUGGUGCCAAAUUUACCAUGUUCUAAGCAACUGCGUUCCCAUUCUCUCUCUUGAGUUGAAAUAUUUUUCAGAGAGUAAAGUGGAGAAAUGAUUUUGGAAUGUCUGGUGCCUACUCUUUCUGAGAAUUAUCCAGUUUAGCUGUG